AUGGAGUCAGCGGUUUUUGCGGGGCAAUUGGCACGGCUCAACUGCACGCACCGCUUCAUACUCUUUGGAGCGCACUGGCGCGUCUUUGUAAUGACUGCUCACCUCUCUCGUUGACGCUCGGUCGCUCUUCGUCGAAGUAGCGUGAAAUCCAGUCAAGUGGGUCGGAAGACGAUCCAACGAUUUUGUCGUCGUCGCCGUCGUCGUCGUCGUGGUCGGUGGCGCGCGAGGGCCUGGACUGGAGGCGUGUCCUUGGGUUCCUGGAUGGCUUGUUGCCAGUCGGCGGCGGCUGGCCGUUUCGUCCAAUCGACGUCUGAGGGCGGGACUUGGCUACCACUCACGAGAACUUCGUUUUGCCGCAAAAGUCACCUGGGAGUUGGUAAGUUAUUCUGAGAAGAUGUGAUCGCAAUUUUCCGUUCGGUUUAUAAGUUUUGGAGUUAUACUGUAUCCGCAGGUGAACAUAAAGCUUGUCACAACCUGAAGUUAGCCUUUUUUAGAUUAUUUUUUGACUUAGAAGGUAUUCCUCAUUUUUUUAAAAUCAAAAACUAACUAAUUAUUCCAUAAUUAUCGAGAUGUAAUUUUUUUCGCUUUUUGAUUCCCGCGAAAUUCAGCCAUCAGAAAAAAAUCUUUCAUAUUAAAUUAUUCAGCGAGAAAUUUGAUUAAACAGAACGAAGAGGUUUCGAAAAAGACAAAACAAUCCCACGAAAUUUUGAGAGAUCAAGAAAAUUUAACCAAAACCGCGAACGACUUCAAAAAGAUUUUAUUUUUAUUGUAUACCAAGUGUUUUCAGACUCAUUUCUCAAAUUAGAAGUUCUUUUUCUUUCAAACUUUGUUGAAAGAUGACGUAAUAUUAGUUUGAAGCUUAAAUAUUACAAGCAUUACAGUACGAUUCCGUCAACGCCUGGUGUCUAGAUUUUCAUUUUUAGUUUCCACGAAUAUAUUUCACUUCCAUUUUCAAAAAUGUUUUACAACACGUUAUAAACUCAACAUGAAAGUUAAUAAAAGCAUCGGAGCCGACAAAAAAAGGCAAAAAAGACAAGAGAUGAAAAAUGAAAGGACGUCUUGAGGGCAGAUUUCAAAAAAGUUACUUCUUUCUUAACCAGUACGUAUACGUAUUCGUCCUCAUUUUGGUCCUUUAAAGUUCAUUCUUUCACUAUGCAAGAAAGAAAAGCCAAAGUCUAGUAUUUUUUCGAAAAACUUUUUUGAUCAUGACACCGAGCCCUUCGGAAAGAGUAGCUUGAUUUCCGAUUGGUCAUAAUUUCUGACAAGAGGAAUCAACUGAGAAAAAAGCUCGUAAGUGAAAACUUGUUUUUUUGAGGUAAAAAUUUCUCUUAUGUGAUUUUGACUUCACUAUUAAUUAUCAUCAUGACUAACUUUAAUCAAAACGCGCAAAUUGUUUCAAGUCGGGUGCAGCUUAAGCAUUCAACUCUCUGUGGGGAAUUUGAUUUUAGUAGCACUCUUCAAAGAGGAAAAAAUCCUAGCAGAAAAAAUAACAAAAAAAUACUGAGCGUUUGCUCUGUGGAGCAAAAAAAUAUAUUUCUUAUUUUCAACACUGAGAUUUUUGUUGUUUAUCGUAUUGCCAAAGCCGAGGUCUUACAUCGAAUUCGGUAGCUGGAGGUUACGGUAGUCAAUUUGUGCGAGUGCGACCCGUCUCCAGAAUCGGGCCAAUACAAUUUGCCGUGUCCAGUCAAUCUAUGUAUGUCGGAAGUCGAGAGCUGCAUUAUUCCGCUUCGGAUGCUUUUCCUCUGAAUGGCAUGGCCCUACACGCCAAACAUGGCCUCGAACACGUUUUCUACAAACAAUUCCAGGUCAAAAGGCUGAAUACAGGUGUCCAAUGUGUCCAAAAAAGGCAACAAUUUGAUUCCAAUCGAUGAUAAAAACCGUGGGAUUGUAACUUUCUGGCGUUUCUAAAAAGGUUUCAAGCGUCCACAGAAGUAUCCUGAUAUGGAUUACCAGAAGACGAUCCAAUGAGAAUUCACAAAACUAGGUUUCUUCGAUUUGAGAUCACAGAUACAUUUUUUUUUGACUCUUAGCUAUGGUUCUUCAUCCUGGAAAGUUCAAAGAAAAACCAUCAAAAUCUACAAAAACGCCAGAAACCCAAAUUUAUUCAAAUGUUCGCAACUUUUUUUAAAGAUUUUCUGUUUGUCCGAGAUUGGGAGACCUAAACGUAAGUUCAGUGAAGUUUGAUCAACUUCUUCACCAAGGAAUCCUUAUGAAGGAGAGAUAUUAUUCGACCUUCCAAAAAUGAAUCGAAAAAAAGUCAAAAAUUCCUGAGGAGGACUUUGCGAAAAACUGCAAGAAAAUUGAUAAAAUUUCUAAAAAACUUCAGCUUUUUUGAAAUCCCUUCUGGAUAUGAAUAUAUGUUUUAAAAAAAGCCUCAAAACGCUCAGCUACAGUAGCCAAGCCUUCGUCAUUCAUCGAGAAUAUCUUCAAAUGUUUUGCAAUCACGAUCCUCAUGCGUGAAUGCACAGCCGUCGACGUUUUUAUGCUCUCCGCCAUUCUUCGCCGAGUUUUUUGUCGGUUUUUGCGCUCUAUGGCUAACCCCAACCACCUCGUCCGCCGAGGCUGA